CCGUCCCCCGUCCCCCCUGCACGGAAAACCUGCCCAGGGCGCAAGUUGAUUUCGAGUCGCCUAUAGGGCGCCGAAACGGCCAGAACCGGCUCUGAGGUAUCUCACCAGACCACCCUCCUUGCCCGGAGCGAGGAAAAGGUGUUUUGCCUAUAGACUGAAGAGAUGACGUGACGACGGGAGUUAUGUAGUAGGAGGGAGCCCCUCCUCUGCAGGCAGACGUCACGUCUGUUGGCCAGUCACGACUGGCGUAGUGUAAAAUUGCUUCUGGGGGACAGCGCGAGGGGCGUGUCCCAUAGUGAGAUACCUCACUCAUAUAUCAGAAAACCUUGGUUAAUUUCUUAACCCUAAGUUUCAGGAUGGCGGCGAGUAGACGGCUAGCGAAGGAACUCUCUGAAAUCCGCAAUUCUGGGAUGAAUAACUUCCGAAGCAUUCAGGUUGAUGAAGCAAACAUAUUGUCAUGGCAAGGAGUCAUUGUGCCUGACAACCCUCCCUAUGACAAGGGGGCCUUCAGGAUUGAGAUCAUCUUCCCUGCGGAGUACCCCUUCAAGCCCCCCAAGAUCACCUUCAAGACCAAGAUCUACCACCCCAACAUCGACGAGAAGGGCCAGGUCUGCCUGCCCGUCAUCAGCGCCGAGAACUGGAAGCCUGCCACCAAGACGGACCAAGUGAUCCAGUCCCUUAUCGCGCUGGUCAACGACCCCCAGCCGGAGCAUCCCCUCAGGGCCGACCUCGCAGAGGAAUACUCAAAGGACCGGAAAAAAUUCUUUAAGAACGCCGAGGAGUUUACAAAGAAACACGCAGAGAGGCGACCAAUGGACUGAGCCUCGGCCCCGGGCCCCUCCCCCCCUCUCGCUCUGUCUCUCUCUCACCCGCCCAACCAAAUAUCCUCCCUCCUCCUGGCCUCCCUGAUGCACCCUGCUCUCACCUCACUCUGUCUCCUCGCUUUCUCUCUCACUCUGUCACCUCACUGUUUAACCCUCUCUCACCCUCCCCCUCUCUCCUACCUCACCCUCUCUCUUACCUCACUCUCACCCUCUCCCCUACCUCACCCUCUCUCUUACCUCACCCUCUCUCCCCACUCUAACCUGCCCCCCUCUCCCCCCCACCCCCAGGACGGUGUUGUAUAACUCACCAUGCUGUGUCUAACUUUCUACUGUUGAAUUAAAAGCACGGAACCUGUUGUAGUGCGCCUCCUGUGAGUGUUAGAGACGGCCGUGUUUCUGGCUGUUGUAGUCCUCACGCAUAGCCCUGUUGUAUUUUAAACUAUGAUUCCCUUCCCGCUCUCCCGGAGCCCGUAUGCUGUCCCUGGCCCGGUCCAGAGGGGGAAACCCUGGGAGCCGGCUCUAGAAGACCCUGAAGGGACAUCCCGUCCCCCCAGGGCCCUCGUUAAACACUCCCCCCGCUGGUCCACGGCUGUAUGCUUGGGUUUCUGUGCCAAAUAAAACGGCACUGAGCAAUCUGUGAGACGUGAUUCGGAUGGUUUUUGUAGAUACAUUUGUUUGGGUGUGUAGUGAUUCUAGGCCAGGGUUUCUGGACCAGUGAAGGCAUUUCCUUUAUCCCUCAUCUACUUCCUUUCACCGUUUACUUUAAAUUAUUUUAAUUGGCUUUGGGUGCCCGAAUGUUUUGUCCUUCUGUGUCUGCUGAGACCGCCCCACGACCCAGUAGACCCACCUGCUCCCUGCCUGGGAGCCACAUGACGGGACUCUGAGGUCCCCCCCCCCCCCCCGGGAUGUCUGUCCAGGUGUUGAGAGGACGGGGACAGACCCCCCCCCCUGUGAGCCGCUCUGACCCGGUCCGCUCUGGUUUCAUAAUAAAGAUGACCCCCGUUAGCCCGUCUGUCUGCCGGGACACCGGAUGCGUUGUGUGUCUGCCUUUUCACAUUUGGGUGUUCUUAGUUUUUUAUUAUUGGGAGGUGUGUGCGAGUUGCUUCUUAUUGGGUACAGGUCGGAAACAUUUACAGCCACUAGGGGGCACCAGAGCAGCGACAUGGCGGGACGGCUGAGAACUGAUCCAAUGAGUUCCAGUCAACAGGCAGAAGUUGGCAGCAGUGACGGAGGUCUGGCAUUACCGGACCGUUGGAUUGGGUCACACCUUAGACUCAAGGUGGGAUAAAUCAAAGCUGGAGCUCCCACCAUAAAUGUAUUGUAUGAACUUUAAUCCCCUGUUUGCAUUGUACGGCGUGUUACAGGAAUUACUUUGGCUCUACACACUUAACUUACUGAGACACAACCAAGGGAUGCAUGUGCUAGACAUAUUCAAUAUCACUGGAACAAUUAAAGGCAUUAUUAUACAGUAAUUAUUAAUAAUAUUAAUGUGGCAGUAGUGAGCAUUGCAUUGUCUGUUAGUAGACCUGAAGGUAGUGGAAUGUAAACCAGGGAGUCUUCUGGUUCCCCAGCCUCACAGGAGGUCAAGAGGGUGAACCCAGGCUGGCAGUAGUGUUACACAGACUGAGGAACAGAGCCCGACAGCCUUCCGUCAGGAAGAGUAAAAACCUGUUUAGGUACAUGAGAGCCUGAAGCUCUUUGUGUGAACGUCCUUCAUAAUUACAGUUUCUAUUUUCACAGUAGUCACUGAGCGUGAUGAGUUCUAAAAUGGUUGUAAAUAAUAUUCAUAAGUCAUACUUAAACACGAACACGGCACAACACCUGAGAGGGUGUUCUGUCUGUGUGCUUAGCACCCUACAACAGUCUAGCGAGAGCUACUGAACACCCCCACCUGGUGACGCUAGCUACUGAACACGCCCACCUGGUGACGCUAGCUACUGAACACCCCCACCUGGUGACGCUAGCUACUGAACACGCCCACCUGGUGACGCUAGCUACUGAACACGCCCACCUGGUGG